AUGUCUAAAAGACUUGCUGAUGAUCAAAUAACGAGAGAAGCAUUCGAAGACAACGUUUCUGAUGAUGAGUCCUCUUCUCAAAUACCCAAGACUAUUAAUGCUUCCGCAGAAGUAAUGAGUAAGAGAAAAAUUGCAAUGCCUAAGAAAAAGAUGUCCUUCGCUAAUAAAACUAACGCCUCUGUAUCUGAAGCGUCUUUUGCCAAUGCCUUCAAUUUCGCCAAGAAACCUGUAUCUAAUAACAAUAAUGAAAAGGGUGCCAAGUUAAAGGCUUUGAAUUUGCAAUUCAGUAAGAAAAUUUCUGAAUCUGUAAGCAUUGAUCCAUUUGUAAACUUAUCGACACUCUUUGGAAAGUAUGAAACCUACGUUAACUCUAUCAAUGGUGUUACAUCCACAAGUAUUGCGAACACCGUUCCUAUUAUUACCGAGAAACCAUCCAUACCAGAGAAACAUGCAGUUACUCUGCCUUCUAUCGGAAUUCAAUUCAAUAAGAAGGAACCUGAAAGUGAGGAAUCUUCCUCUUCUGAUGAAGAAGUUGAAACAAAAGUCGAAGGUCCAUCAUUUACAAUAUCAUCAAAUCCUAUCAAAUCCGAUUCUGUAUUUUCAUUUAAUAAAAAGAAAGUGGAAAAACCAAAGGAUGAUUCUGAUAGUGAAAGUGAUAUUGAAAUUAAGGGCCCAGAAUUUAAGAUUUCAGGCACUGUAAAAUCAGAUAUAUUCAAAUUUAAUGGCAAUGUAGCUGCAUCUGAUUCUGCUAAACCAACAUUUAGUUUAUCCAAUAAUAAUGCAGCAACUGCAUCAUCCAAAGACUCUAUAAGUGAAACAAAAGAAGAUAAGAAGGCUCUACCCUCAUUUAAUUUUGGAGCUAACGUUGCCCCAACAUCAGACGAAAAAACCGAAAACACAGGUGCAAAAUUAUCUUUUGGAUUUGGAGCAGACUCAACCAAGAAACCUGCUAAUGAGGCAUUUACUUUUGGUACUAAUAACGUAUCAACUCAACCUAAUGGUUCAAACAUAUUUGGAAAUCAAACAAAAAAGAACGACCAAACUAACACAACUAAUACUACGAGUUUUACAUUUGGUUCUAAACCAGCUUCAAUAGAAGAUACCAAAGAUUCAACUAACAAACCUUCUUUCAUGUUUGGUUCCAAACCAACUUCAACAGAAAAUACAGAAACUAAUACCCCAUCAUUUUCUUUUGGUGCCAAAGUAUCUACUACUGAUACAAACGAGCCAGCGAAAGAAAAUCCAACUAAACCAGUUUUCAAUUUUGGUGUUACCCCAGUGACUGAAAAUUCUACCAAACCAAGCUUCACAUUUGGCGCGAAGGAUUCUACCGACACUAAGAAUGACACAGAUGCAGCCAAACCAACUUUUCAAUUUGGUGCCAAAAAUUCUGAACAAACUAAAUUGAGCUUUGGACCAACCGCAUCCACAGAAGCUGAAACAACAAUAACAAAUGAAAACAUUAAACCUAAAUUUGAUUUUUCUGCAAAGAGCACACAGCCAGAAUCAGUGGACGACGUCCUUAAAAGUGAUAGCGCCAUAAAAGCACCAUCUUUUUCUUUUGGAACUUCUAAUACUACCACAACCCCAUCGUUCUCUUUUGGUAAACCAGCACAACCAAAUCCAUUUGCACCAAGCACAUCGUCCACUACGACUGCGAACAAUACUGUUCCAUCUGGUGGGUUCAAGUUCAGUUUACCUUUUGAACAAAACAAAACACCAGAGGAAAAGAAAACAACCGAUGAACCUGUUCAAUUAACCACAGAAACCCCAAAAAAUACAGCAGACGAUGAGAAUUCUUCUAGUUUGAAAACGGGAGAGGGUGAAAAGGAAGGCAGUGAUUCUGUAGUUUCUAUGCAAAAUGGUGAAGAAGAUGAGACUUCUAUUUUCUCUCAAAGGGCCAAAUUGAUGGUCUUUAAUUCAGAGACAAAAGCAUACGAUUCACGUGGUGUUGGUGAAAUGAAAGUUCUUCAAAAGAAAGACGAAAAAUCAAAAGCUAGACUUCUUUGUAGAUCUGAUGGUAUGGGUAAUGUGUUACUAAAUACCAAUAUUGUUAAGUCGUUCCAAUAUGUUCCUUUAACAGCGGAUAAUGAAAAUUUGGUGAAGACACCAGUGGUUGACGCCGAAGGUAAAUUGAUAACGUAUAUUGUUAAGUUUAAGAUGAAGGCAGACGGCCGUGCAUUUAUGAAGGCGAUAUCAGAUUGCCAAAAGGAUCUUGAUUAG